AUGAAACUUUAUUCGAUUCUUGUGUUCCAUAAGGGAACGACAGGAGAUGUCCGAGCCUUCAAAUCGGCCUUCGAUUUGUCAUCUUUCAGCUUUUUCCAGCGAGGCUCUGUACAGGUAAAUUGAUGUUCGAAAUAUUUUUUCAGAUUUCAUUUUGUAGUUGGAAUUUGGGAGAGAUUCUUGAAAUAAACAGUUUUUUUCUUAGGAAUUUAUGCAGUUUACUGGAAAGCUUCUUGUGGAGCGGUCAGGACUUGGCGCUCGCAGCUCCGUGAAGGUAUUCUUCAAGCUAGAAGUUGUUCCUAAAAACUACAUUCUUACAACUAUCUUUUUAAAAAAGUAUUGUUAGUAUAAUUCGUUUGCCGCGACUUGGCACUUUUCGAGUGUCUGCGUCUUUUUGUUCCCUCAACGGCAGGUCUGAGAAACAUGAAAAUAUCACGUCAUUAUGAGAGGGUGGCCGAGAGACGAGGAGGGCGCAGAGAUAAACAGAAGUUUCAAGUCGGAAAAAAAACAGAGUAUUUCAGUCCGAAUUCUGAGAGUUCGUGUUCGAAAAAAAAAGUUGAAUUUCUACUUUUUUCGCUUACAAAAAAGCGGCCCCCAAAAUGUUAGUUUUAUGUUUUUUUCAGGAAAACGAGUACCUUUGCCACUGCUACGUCAGAAACGACGGACUCGGCGCGGUUUGUGUCACAGACGCUGAAUAUCAGGUAAUUCCUGAGCUUUUUUUUUGGUUUCAUGAAAGUGUUUAUUUUAUUUUUGCGAAUUUUUAUUGUUCUGAAAAAAUUGAAAUUGUGAGUUUCUUUACGAAAUUAUCCGAACUUCUAGGCUCGCGUCGCAAUGAGUUGUUUAAGCCGCGUCUUGGACGAUUUCACGUCGAAAGUCUCGGCUGUUCAAUGGGUAUCUUUCUUUUUUUAUAUGAAGAUUUUUUCCUUUUCUACGAGGUCAUCUGCUUCUAAAGAAUAGUCUUCAUUUAUCAUUGAUUUUUCAAAGUUGAAAGUUUAGGAUGCUCACUGGGUAUAUCAAAUUUUUACUAUAUCUUUUUUUUUCUCUUUAAAGCUUUUUCUUCUAAAAGUAAUAAUACUUCCUUAUCAUUGAUUUUUUUAAUGUUUUUAGUGAUUUUGAAAAGUAUGAUGUGAAAUAUAUAUUAAUUAUCUUGAUAAUGAGUUUUAUUUUUUUGAUUAACUUAGAUUAACUAGCUUUUUUUCCCCAUUUUCUGUUUUUAAACGUGUACCUCAUUCUUGAAAUUCAAUAGUCUUUUUAAAAAUCCGUGGUCGCACUCGAAAUGGUUAAAAGCGUUGCGGUUGAGGUCGGGUUACGAGUCGAAAUUUGCUGCUUGCUUUGAUUAUUUAAGUAGAAGUUCCUUUGAUUUUUUGAAGUUUGAAAAGCUGAAAAUAUGUUGACCGGUUAAAAAGGAGCGAUACUGUUUGCACAUUUUUCAUAUAAAUUUUCAUGCUAAUGGAAUAAUCCAAAGCGUAUUUUCCAUUUGAUUCAAUGACUUGCCAUUCAUGUCAUUGCGGAGAAGGAAUUUUCUCCCUGAACCCUUGCUUUUAAAUUAAAUAGAGUUUUAUAAAAUCAGCCCUCAUUCCUAACUGACUAACCUCCUAUUUGUGAAAACCUAGAGUAUAUGAGGAGAUUUUCGAAUAAAAAAAAACUGUUCAGCCUCAAAUCAAGUCCGACAAGGACUGUACAUACAACGGACUGCCUGAACUUCUGGCCAAAUGGCAAAAUCCACGAGACGCCGACCCAAUGACCCGAGUUCAGGUUUUUCUUGCCUCUCUUCUCUUUUCAAUGCAUUUAAAACUCAGGAAGAAGUUGAAGAAACCAAGAUUGUCAUGCACAACACGAUCCAGUCUGUCUUGGACCGAGGAGAGAAACUUGACGAUCUUGUCAGUUUUUUUUUUGAGAAUUGAAAUCUUAUCUGCCAGUAUAGAUAUGCUUAUAACUUAUUAAAGUAAUAAUGAACCACAUGAAAUGGCUUGAAUCUUCAAAAUUAAUGAAACGUUUCAGUUUAAUUUUUUUCAGCCUCACAAGAUAGUUUGAAAAAUUAGUAAGUAAAAGAAAGCGUUCAUGUACUUUGAGGAUAAAAAAAUUUCAAUUUUUUUCCAAUUUUUUUCUGAUGUUAGUUUCAAAAAAAUUUAUUUAUUUUUUUCUUUUUCUGUACUAGUUUCUUCAACAUGUUGCAAAAAUUCAUUUUACCCCAUGAAAUAUCCUUUUGAAACGAAAGCGACUAGUGAACACCUUUUCACCUUUUGAGAAUCAAUCAAAAACAUUUUUCACUUGACUCUUCUUGAGAACCGAAAUUUCCCUUUCCUACUAUGAAUUUUCGUGAUUUGUGAGAUCUUCUCAGUUGUUUUGAAGGUAUAGAAGUGCUCAAAAAUGGAAGAAGAUCUCAAACCUCAUUUUAUUCUAUAUAAUUUUGGGUUUAAGGCAGGAAUUACUUUUGAAAAAGCGGGAAAACUAAAAGUAUUAUUCAGCGCUAGUUUUGAAAUAAAAGGCCUCUUCUUCUAGUUAACUUUUUCGCAAUUUCAAUGGAGUACCUCACUUUCCAUCGUGUUUUUUCUGAUUAGAAAAACAUGUUUGAACAAUUAAUUAUAUUACCUCCAGUUCCGAUUUUCAGGUGAAGAAGAGCGAGAACUUGUCAGACCAAUCGAAGCUUUUCUACACACAAGCACGGAAAAUGAACAAAUGUUGCAACUAUAUGUGA